AUGCGGCGUUCGGUCGUGUCGCUGGUCGCCCUUGCGGCCGCGCUCCUGUUGGCUGCCACGCCUGAUGCUGCACAAGGUGUCGAGGUUUUUGCCAUUUUCAGCCCGACUGGCAACGCAGGCGGCUCGGCAGUGCUCGCACAGCCCGCAAGCAGCGCACUGCAGGGCUGGAUUCGCUUUGAGCAGGCCUCGCUGGCCAAUCCCGUCUCCAUCAGCGCAAGCGUGAAAAAUCUUCCCGCAGGCGCAAACAAUUACCACAUUCACGUCCUGCCGCUGGAUCCCACCUCCACUGUCUACAACGACUGUGCUGCCACCGGUGGCCAUUAUGAUCCCACCGUUGUCAGCCGCGCCAACUAUGCUACGAAUUGCGUGGUGACGAGCGCAUCGCGCUUCACUGCGUGCGAGGCUGGCGAUUUGAGCGGCAAGUUCGGCCCCAUGAACACGACCGUCUUUGAAACGUCGUACACGGACUCGACCUUUGAUCUCUUUGGCAUCAAGUCCAUCGUCGGUCGCUCCGUCGUCAUCCACAACUCGGCGGGCGCUCGAAUUGCAUGCGCCACGAUCGGCUACCCCCGCGAAAUCAAGACGUUGGUGGCCACCUUUGCGGGCACCCAGUCGGAUGGCAUCAAGGGCACCAUCACGCUGCGCCAGGAUGCGAGCGAUCCCACCUCCCCAACCACCAUCCGUGUCGCCUUGUAUCAGGCCAACCCCGCAAUGGGCACCACGGUCGAUCACGCCGUCCAGAUUCACACCAGCUUGAUCACCAACGAUGCCGACGUUACCCCUGGUCGCUGCGUGAGCGGUGGUGCUGGCAUUUUCAAUCCAUUCAACAUCGACACUUCCGACCCAGGCUCGUACGCCGAGGCUUGCAGCCUCGACCAGCACAACUGCCUCGUCGGCGAUCUCGCCAUCAAGGACGGCCGCGUCAACAUUUCUGCCACUCCCUCGGUCGCCCUGCAAUACUUUUUCACUGACUUGAAUCUUCCCUUGAGCGGCCCGAACUCUGUCGCCGCCGGUGGCAUUGUCGUGCACGGCGCAAACCGAGUUUCGGCCAUUCGUCUUGGCUGCGCCAACUUUGUUGAAGUCCUUCCCACCCGUGUGAAUGCCGUGUUUGACGUCAACGGCGUUGCUGGCAUG